ACGUCCCGUGCUGUGGGCGGGGCAAACAUAAAUCCGUAACGGUUGCGACAACUUUAUUGAAAAACUAUUUAAUUUAAGAGUAAUGUAAUAUGACGUUUAUCAUGGUUAACAUUGAGGACACAUUUCCAAUAGUUUUUGGUGAAACUCUGUGUUGAAACAGGCGUAUUUAUCAGUAGUUUGACGGAUAAUGACCGGCGUUUGUAACAAGGUUGGAGUUGAAAGUGGUUCCGGAAAUGGAACAGGUGGAGAAGUGAGGCAGGGCGGUGUUUUAGGCGUCGUGGGGGCGGUGUUAACGCUCCUGUCGGUGCUCCUCAUCCUCCUCACCUUCCCCUUCACAGCGUGGAGCUGCGUUCAGGUUGUUCUGGAGUUUGAGAGGGCCGUCAUCUUUAGACUGGGCCGGGUCGUUAAAGGAUCAGCUAAAGGACCUGGUUUAAUCUGGUUCAUUCCCUGGUUGGACGUCGUUCAGAAGGUUGACCUUCGAACUUUCUCCGUCUACAUCUACCCACAACAGGUUCUGACAGCGGACAGCGUCCCGUUACUGGUGGACAUGGUGGUGUUUUACCGCGUGGUGGAUCCCACCCUCUGGUUCACCCGGGUGCAGAAUGGCUGUGACGCCACACACUGGCUGGUUCAGGCGACCCUCAGGGCGGCGCUGGGCGCUCACACGCUGACAGACCUGCUGACGCAGUGGCCUAGCAUAGCCACGAGAAUGGAGGAGGUGCUGCACUCCGGCUCCAGGCCGUGGGGCGUUCAGGUGCAGCGAGUGGAGCUCAGAGAUCUGAAGCUUCCCAUCAGCCUGCAGCGCUCCCUGGCCUCAGAGGCCGAGGCUGAGAGGACGGCGCGGGCGACGAUGAUCGUGGCUGAAGGGGAAGUGAAGGCGUCUCGUACUUUAAGGGAGGCGGCGUCCCAACUGUCGCCUGUGGCUCUGCGCCUCAGAUACUUGCAGACGCUGGCGUCAGUGGACAGCAGCGCCUCCAUCGUGGUCUGGAUCCUCCCCACAGGGAUCCUGCAGUAAAACUCAUCCAACCGAGACGCAGCAGGUUCCGCUGAGUUAUCCGACCCAGAAAGAGAAGAGUUAAACAAAACCAAACAAAUCUGAGCUCUCAGGACGUCCAUCUGUCUGUUCAGAUGUUUGUUAAAUUAUCACAUUUUCAUAUUUAAUAAAACCAAAAGUGUUUGCAAAUUA